AAACGCAUUCUAUCGGAUCUCCCCUUGCCUCGCAUGACAAGCUGGAAUGGGCAGUGCCAUGGGCUUGUGAGUAACAGCUGAACACUUGUAAAGAAGACUGGGGUCUGGACUGGCCACGGGGCUUGCGCUUUGAAAGCACAAUACGUUUUCAAGCCACUCGGGGAGAGGGAGCCAGCAACAACGCUACACAAUCAGCACAGUCAAGGAGACUUGAGAAAAACUUUCCCCCAAAUUCCCGACUCAGAGAGGGGGAGAAAAGAAGGGGAGAAGCACCAAACAAAAGCAUUCUUAGCUUUCAGCAAAACAAUAACUUUGGGGAAAUCAUUUACUUCAAAUACAAAUUCAAGGAGAUAGGCGUAACGGAACGGCGUCUCCAGCAAGAAUCCGCUACUUGUAUUCAACAUUCUGAUUCGGAAUACCUAAAACCACGGAUUGAGUGCUGCAGCAACACUGAAUGAAACAAAGUUGCGUAAAAAAACAGAAUGGAAACGAAAAUGCGAAUCACGUGGGCACUUCUUCCACUUGGUCUUCUACUUCACUGUACUGAUGCUAAUCCAACGCAACUACCCUCAUCCUCUUCAUAUAUAGCCUCGAUCACCACCACAAUUACAGCUGGCGUCACAGCCACCCCGUCACCGAUAUCAACUCAGAAGGUGACUAGUGUAGCCUCUAACACCGCCACAAUUACAGCUGGCGUCACAGCCACCCCGUCACCGAUAUCAAUUCAGAAGGUGACUAGUGUAGCCUCUAACACCGCCACAAUCACGACAGCCGGCUUCACAGCCACCCCGUCACCGAUAUCAACUCAGAAGGUGACUAGUGUAGCCUCUAACACCGCCACAAUUACAGCUGGCGUCACAGCCACCCCGUCACCGAUAUCAAUUCAGAAGGUGACUAGUGUAGCCUCUAACACCGCCACAAUCAUGACAGCCGGCUUCACAGCAGCCACCAACUCCCCAACUCACAAGAUGACUAGUGUAGCCUCUAACACCGCCACAAUCACAACAUCCGGCGUCACACCCGGGGCCAGCAUUGUUACUGCCACGGAUACUGCUGGAAUGGGGGCUUCUGGGUCCUCAGGAACCCUCACUCAGACCCCCCCGGACACUACAGAAGUCACACAGGUUUCAACUACAACAUCGGUGGGCCCAACCCCAUGGCCAGCAUCGUCCUCUCCCUCCCAUCCCCCCUCCACAUCCAGCCCUGUGGGUUCAGGCAGUAGUCUUGCUACCACCACGACCAGCACACAGGAAAGGAUGGUGUCUACAACCAUGGCUGAGACCACAACUCCUCCCAAGAGCUUUACGUUUGUCAAGUCCCAAAGACAUGGAGAGAAUCAUGAGAGGAAGGACCUGGAGAAGCUGUGUCGACAGCUGAUGUCUCAGAUGCAUGACGCUAACUGUACUCUGACUGUGAGAGAGAACAACGGACACACUACCUUUGACAGCGUGGUAAUGACCGGCAAAGUGGACAACUCUGUCGUCCAGCAAUACUAUGAGGAAAUCACCAGAAAACCAAGCGACAACAUGACCCUGAUUGCCAUCUUGGCAUCCUGCGGAGCUCUGCUGGCCAUGAUUGUAGGCCUCGCCAUCUACGCCUCAUACCACCGCAAGUCCUAUCGGAAGAACCUCCAACAACACCUGACGGAGGAGCUGCAGACGGUGGAGGAUGGUUACCAUGACAACCCCACGUUGGAGGUGAUGGAGGUGCAGCCGGAGAUGCAGGAGAAGAAGGUGGCCCUGAACGGAGAGUUCAACGACAGCUGGAUUGUCCCCAUCGGCAGCCUGCUCAAAGAGGACAUGCCAGACGAGGAGGACACUCACCUGUAGAGGGGGACUGGAACAGACAGGGGUGCUACUAUAUUCCCUCGACCAACUGACUCUCCCUUCCCUGCACCGUUACAAGGGCCCUGUUUAGUAGAGAGUUCUAGCUCCAAAAGUUGCAGGUAGAAAUGUAUUCUAUAUAGAAUGCAUACAACUUUAAAUAAUGGGAUUUGGGAAUUGCACAAUUGUGACAGUUCUAUGCAAUGCAUUUCUAUCCGCAACACUUUUAAUGUUCCUCCCCACUGAACCAGACCCAAGGCAACGACACAGACGCCACCUGACAAAUCUGGAAAAAAUAAAUACCCAGAUGACAGGUUCUGGAAACCCAUCCCGACUGUCAGAGUCCCAUCGCUGUGGCCAUGGAAAAGUAACAGGCCAUUUAGUGGAUACUACACCAAGCAACAUUGUGUCUAGUUUUAGGGGAUAUUCAAUAUUUGGGAAAUGUAACUCAAACAUACACAAUCCCAUUUUAAGAGCCAUUGAGUGUUUAAGGUACUUGAUGUACCGCUACAUAGUUAUUGAUUUAAUUGGGAAAACCAAACACUCAAACCACCAAUAUUUCAGGGUGGAGUUUAUGAAGUGGUCUAACUAAAACCUGCAUGUUUUUUAUGCUGUAAUCAAUGUAAUCCCCAAAAGUGCAUUCAAUUGUACACUUGAGCACCUGUACAUAGUAUUUUCAUAUAUUUUCAGAGAAAAUGGAAACUGAAACUUUGUAAACUGUAACACUGCCUUUAUGGUUAAAUCUCAAUAGUAUUGAUUUAGAGAAAAUGACCUCAGGAUAAAGUGAAAUAAUCAUCCUGGUGAAUGAAUUAAACUACUAGUGAAUCUCAGCUCUGACGACCUGGCAGUGGCUGCUGUAUAGAAGCCAUAUACUGGUUCAACUGAGCAACGUGAACCACACUAAUGAAACAACGGGCUCCAUGGAGACACUGCUGGGACGGGAGCGUCUACAGAUUUGAAGGGGAAAAACACUAAAUAGUUGUUUGAAAAUUCAAAAGAACUUGACCUAGGACCAGUUUUCUGGACAUAGAUAAAGCCGAACCUUGGACUUAAGAGCCCUUUCAACUAUGCUUUUUAGUCUAGGACUGGGGUUGCUCUGUAUCAGGGAAGCUGGCCCCUAAAGAUACAUAUUUUCUUGUUUGCUGAUGUGGAAGGUUAUGCGGUAAUUUGUUAAUUCAACACCAGGGAUGACUUGUUACAUAGGCCUCUGCACAUUUUCUUUCUUGUUCAUUACAUUUCUAUUCAGUUGAUUUGACGAAAAAGGGCAUUUAAAUAUCCAUGUGAUUAUCUGGCUAAAUGUAUUCCAAUUCAUGUAUGAUUCACAUGGACACAAUAAUUCCCAAUUAUAUUUAAGCUGUAAAAUCAACCAACACAAAACAAUCCACCACUUACUCCACACACUGUGUAGUUUGUCAUUAGUUGUGUACAGUCGCUCACUCCUAUUUUAUUUCUUUUUACACCAAAGUAUUUAGCAGUUAUUGUAUGUAUUUAUGGUUUGUUUGCUGAUGAAGCCAAACAACAGGGGGUCUGACACACUGGAAGCUGCGCCUCGUCUAUCAUGACCAGGGCAGCCAUGUUUUCUUAUAUCAAUAAAGAUUUGCCAAUUAAACACA